CUCGAUUGCGCCCUCGCCAUGGCAGUCGCGCCCAUCGCCCGCCUGUGAAAGCAUCGCCCCAUCUGCCCACAGCCUCCGCUCCACCCUGCCCACACAUCCCACCCCGACAAGCAUCGCAGAGCAUGCCUUAGACCCGCAGAGGGCGCGACCAUCACCAGCACACGAUGCCGCCAGACGGCGAGUCCGGGCGGGCUGCGCGCUUUGCCCAUAUUCUUGUGCGGCUGCAGGAGCUGCCCAAUUACGUCUGGGACCCGGAGAUCGAGCCCUUCCAUUCUUCGUACGACAACUGGCAUUUCUUCGGCUACGAAAAGUCGCCCUCGAGGCACGAGCGACCCAUCUCGCGGGGAAGGAGCGGCAUCACCUCGCCAACCGCAUCGCAUUCGCCCGACUCGACGCGCCCGCCCUUCCACCGCAGCCACCGCAGCUCCGGCUCAGAGGCGAGCGCCUCGACGGUGCAAACACACCUCACAAACACCACCGCCAGAGCGCUGGCUCGCGACGGCCGCCCCGUCGUCUGCCGCGUGUCGCCACAAGCCUUGCGCCUAGAGCGCGAGUUCCACCUCUCCAAGCUCGUCGUCAAAGAGUCGGAUCCCGAGUGCAAACACUUUGUCCGUCCAAUUGAAUUUGUUCGCCUGCCCGCAAAGCCUGGCGAGAGCCAGUUGGUCGCCAGCGUCUUCGAGGCCCCCGGCCCAAACUUCCUCCGCGAUCUGGUCAAUUUUGGGCCAAACUGGUACAACUUCCGCACCAACCCCAGCAGUGCCAACAGCAUCGAUACAGUGCGGCCCGAUGCAUUCCCCUCGAGCCAGGGCGUGCCUCUCCUCACCUUCCUCGACUUCGCCGUUGGGUCGGUCGAGUGUCUGGAAAUCUUGCACCAUGGCCAUGAGAUUGUGCACGGGGAAAUCCGUGGCGAUGCCUUCCACUUUGCCGAGUCGGGCGCCGUGAAGAUGAUUAACUUUGGCAGUGGGGCCCGCUCAUUUGAGAAUGGGCUCACAAGCGCCGGCUGGAGUACUUUGUCCAAGGAAACCGGAAUUGAACUAAAGCUGGCCUUCAUAUCUCCCGAACAAACAGGUCGCAUGCCCGCUGAGCCGGAUACGCGGACCGACAUUUACAGCCUUGGCAUCCUCUUCUACACAAUGCUAUGCGGAUACACUCCCUUUGACGGCAAUACCGCACUCGACGUUAUGCAAAAUGUCAUCAGCAAACGAAUCCCCCCUGUUUCUUCAAGACGUCUUGACAUCCCAGAGGCCCUCUCUGAAGUCAUCCAGCGAAUGACACAACGCAACAUCGAAGACAGGUAUCACUCCACCUCGGGACUCAAGUACGACCUCGCCCGCGUACGCGAGUUGCUCUGUGAAGGCGACGUGGAGGGAUUAAAGGCAUUCCAGGUCGGCUCAAAGGACAUUAGCUGCUUUUUCAAUCUCCCAUUGAAGUUGAUUGGGCGCGAAAGAGAGCGAAAGACAAUCGUUGAUGUACUCGAGCGAGUGGCGAAACACCGCCGAAAUGGCGUCAAGAACUUGCACAGCAUGAGUUCAGGCUCGUCCUAUUCAGACCAGCGACUGGACUUGCAGUUUGAUGAUCUCGUUUCAGAGAGUACCAGCUCGAGGGGGUCUGAGAGCAGGCUGAACAGCAUCUCGGCAGACGGACCUGUUUUUAUGGAGGCGGCUCGAUCAAUACAGCAAGGCUCGCAAGAUGGCUUCCCACACUCAGAAAGCUCCACAGCCGAGGGAAGCGUGGACAACCGACCCCAACUGCAGCUCUCUCAUAGAGGGCGAUCUAACAAUAGCAUCGAGAGCUCAUUCAUGCCUUCUCGCUCACAUGAAUCCAAUGAGGGUUUGCGGACUCUGGCAAGUACACGGAAACUGAGGCAUUCAGACGCUAUUCACCCUUUCAACCAAGUAAUAGCCAUUGGCGGGGCCACUGGAUUGGGCAAGUCUCGUUUGGUGCAGAGCAUACAAAGCACAGCACGAAGUACCGGUUACUUUGCAAUGGCCAAAUUUGAUCCUGCCAAGAAGGCGCCGUUCGACCCCAUCCUCAGACUCAUGUCUUCUUUUUUUAGGCAAAUCUUUUCAGAGGCGGACGUCACUACUGAAUUCCAUCAACGAAUACGCCAUUACCUAAGAAAUAGCGGUGUUUGGAUGGUGCUGAGAAGUUACCUUGAUCUGCCCGAGUGGCUCUUGAACACGAGCCAUGCUCCCAAAACCCCCCAGCAAAAGGACCUGGACUUUAUCAAGGAUCGCCGUGCAUCCUCUCCUGCUGUUCAUUGUGGAAGUGCUGGACACACGGCAGAGGCCUGGCUACGAAGUGGAGGCGCUUCGAAAUCGACCCGGUUUAUGAAUGUCUUCAUCGACGUUCUACGACUCCUUGCAAUGCACAAGCUCUGCACUUGGAGUCUGGAAGAUGUCCAAAAUGCCGACACCGAAAGUGCCGAGCUCAUACAUCACAUCGUCCAAGCCAAAAUACCCCUUGUUUUGAUGUUCACGUAUACCGACGAGGAGUCUUUGCCUCGGGAGCUCAGUCCCCUUUUACGAAACGCCACAAAGGUUCAGCUGCUGCCGUUUACCGAAGCUCAAACUGCAGAGUACGUAGCGGAAACUCUGCACCGAGACCAUCAAUACAUACUCCCUUUGGUAGCUGUCAUCCAGGAAAAGUCUCGGGGUAACCUGUUUUACAUACGCGAGAUCCUUGAUACAUGCUAUAGGAAACGAUGUGUCUUCUACGAGUGGCGGGAGAACAAUUGGGUCUUUGACCUGGACAAGGUGUUCGAGGUGUUCGAAAGCCCAGAAUACGGCUCUGCUGUCACGACUGAUUUCAUAUCUCGACGCUUGACUGAGCUACCCUACGAGAGUAGAAAACUUCUUGCGUGGGCCUCCCUGUUGGGUGGCACAUUCUCUUUUGAGCUCCUGAAGAAGCUCUUGAAGCCAACAGACGAGCAACCCGCCGGAGCUAGACUGCCAGUUUUUGAUAAGAAUGAAUGUGCUGUCACGGCUCUCAAUGAGGCGCUCAACGCGUACGUGCUGAUGCCUGCCGAGCAAGACGCUCGAUUUAGGUUCAGUCACGAUAGAUAUAUAGCCGCCGCCGCCAAUGCCUUGGACAAGGAGUGGGAUACCCAACUGAUGCACUUCACCAUCGCCAAAAUGAUCAUUUCGGGAAAGGAGUAUCUGGAUGACACGGAGUCAAGCUCUAAAGCAUUGUACAUGCAGAGUCGCCACAUAUGCCUUGCUGCGGAAUUGAUCAAGUCCAAGGAAUCGAUACGAGCGCCAUUCCGUGACAUGCUUUACCAAGCAGGAGAGACGGCAUGUGAGUCUGGCGCGAGAUCAACAGGCAUCUAUUACUUUGCACACAGCCUCAAGCUAUUGCAAGACGAUCCAUGGGACGAAAGCCAGCCAGAUGUCUCUUAUCAAGAGACACUGCAGUUGUUUGUUCGCUCGGCAGAAUGCUAUUGGCACCAAGGCAUGUAUGAUGAGGCUCUUAGUCUGAUCAAGACUACAUUUCAGCAUGCAAGAGAUCCAUGUGAUAUGGCUGGCUCAUUCAUCCUACAAUCUCGUGUGUUCGCCAUCCGUGGUGAUAGCUUUGGAGCUCUCCAAGCCUUGAAAGACUGUCUGUCCUUGCUUGGAUACCCCAUCCCUUCUACGACAUGGGAAGCAUGUGAUGCGCAAUUCCAGCAGAUUUACAGUGCGCUUCAAAAGAUUGACAAGGACGAGCUGCUUAGUCGCCACUCGCCGAAAAAUGAUCGCGUCUUGAUGACCGUCGGCCCUGUGUUCGUUGAACUCCUUAGCGCGGCAUUCUGGUCGAACAGCUUGCUUUUCUAUCAAGUAACGCUAAUGCUGAUCAAAGUGCACCUUGAAAAAGGCACCAUGUCACAGAUUGCGCUUUCAUACGUGCACCUUGGCAGCAUUGCAGGUGGGCGGUUCAACAUGAUGAGUUUCGCCGUGGAUAUGGGUGCCAUGGCGAAACGUAUCUUCCAGAUGUUUCCGGAAGAUUACUAUACCUUGGGCAGAGGCCAGACCCUGCAGCCUGUAUUCCUGGGCCACUUGGAAGGGCCCAUAAAUGAUCUGAUUCCCUCCCUAGAAGAUGCUUUGCAAGCCACUCUGACUGCGGGGGACCGCAUUCUGGCACUCUUAAACGUCGGUAUCCAGGCCCAUUUCAAAAUGCUGGCCUCUCACGACGUUACUGAGUUGGAGGCUUGGAUUGAGGAAACUCCUUUGGAUAUGAAACACUGGCGAAAAGAUUUAAGAGGAGGCGUGUUCCUGAUGGCCAGCCGCCAAUACGCGAGGGCCCUCCAAGGCAAGACGGGGAUAUCCGACGCAUCAUCGAUUUUGUCCGACCACGAACAUAACGAAGCAGAGUAUAUCGAAUUCCUUGAAAAGACUGCGAGCAACCCGAAACGCCCAAAGUCGAUAUACCUGGCUACCAAACUCCCGCUACUGGUACUGUUCGGGUUCAACUCGGAUGCCGUCGCGCUUGGUGAGCUACUUAUGCCCAUGGUAACUAGCCUUUGGUGCGAACGUUCCAACUACUCGGUCCGAUACUACUUGUCAUUGGCAUACAUGGCCAUUCUCCGAGAGGACCCUCAGAACACGCGAAGAGAGGAAAUGCUUCGACAUGUUCGCGACACGCUGAAACAGCUCGAGGCUUGUUGCACAAUCACUGACGUCAACUAUCGAAGUUGGGUGAACAUGCUCACUGCCGUACUAGCCGAUAUCAACUCUGACCAUCCAACUGCGCUGCAAUACUACGAAGCCGUGCUAGAACACAGCGAGUGCCACAACUUUACUCUAGACGAAGCAUUGGGUCUGGAGCUCUACGCCGAUUGGCUUGUGCGAAAAAAGGCCUAUAGAGCAGCUCGGCACACGGUCAAGGACUGCAUUGCCACAUAUAGGCGCAUGUCAGCGUUUGGCAAGGCAAAUCACUUUGCAAGCAAACACGAGUCCCUCCUCCGGCAUGCUACCUCACUCACUGCACAAGAUGCUGCUGUCCAGACGUCGAUCAUAGACACAACCAACACUCCAUUUAGGCUCGAGCAGAACGACCUGGGGCCGGAAACUGCGGUUGAUCGAACGCAGAACUGGAUCAUUCCCGAAGGCGCUCGUCGUCAGGAGUCAGCCCAGGGUCUGCAGAAUGGGCUGUCGGCCGUAGGUCUUGACAUGUUGGAUCUUUCGUCUAUCCUUGAGUCGAGCCAGGUUCUCUCUAGCGAACUAGUGGUGGACAAACUCAUGGCCAAGAUGAGCUCUAUCCUGCUGGAAUCCACCGGAGGAACACUUUGCGGCAUUGUCAUUGAAGACUCGCAGAUUGAGUGGUCCAUUGCAUGCGUGGCCACCAACGAGCCCAACAACGACAGCGGAUUCAAAUCCGGUGUCACAUCGUUUCCUGCGAGUCAGCCUCUGGACACUGUUGACGAUUUUGUCGCCCGCCAAGUGACGCUCUACACCUUACGCUUCCGUGAAACAGUCUUUGUUCAGAAUCUGCUAGAAGACGACCGCUUCUCCAACGUGUCGGACUCUUACCUCCAACGCAACCCUGAAGGCAAGGCGGUCAUUUGCAUCCCGAUUGUUCACAGCGAUCACCUGCUGGGAUCGAUUUACGUCGAAGGACCGCCCAACUCGUUCACGGAGCGAAACACGCAGGUUCUUCGGUUGCUGGUCAAUCAGAUAUCCAUUUCGCUGGCCAAUGCACUGCUAUUCAAGGAAAUAGAGAGGGUUUCGGCGAGCAACGAGGCAAUGCUCGAGAUGCAAAAACGUGCCUUGGCGCAGGCGCGAGCGGCGGAGAUCAAAGCAAAGGAAGCCGAGGCGAAUGCUAUCCGCAACAUGCGAUUGAAGGAGGAGGCAGCCAAAGCCAAGAGCCUCUUUCUGGCCAAUGUUUCGCACGAGCUACGAACGCCGUUGAACGGAGUGAUUGGAAUGUCGGAGCUAUUGAAAGCAUCGCCCCUGAAUCCGGAGCAGUCGGAAUACGCUGACUCGAUUCGCGUCUGUGCAGACACACUGCUUUCCAUCAUCAAUGAUCUGCUAGACUACUCCAAGCUGGAGGCUGGAAAGAUGAACGUUAUGGAGAUGCCCAUAUCGCUCAACGAGACCAUUGCCGAGGUUGUUCGGGCUCUUGCGUACACGAAUGCGGAGCGUGGGCUCAAAACAAUUGAGCAGCUGGACCUAGACCCGGAGAUGCUAGUCAUGGGCGACCCUGUGCGGCUGCACCAGAUCCUGAUGAACCUACUGUCGAAUAGCUACAAGUUUACGCCAAGAGGGUCGGUGACUGUUCGCGCAGUGGUGGACCAGGAGACGGACGAGUGGGCAGACGUAACAUGCAGUGUGAUUGAUACUGGAAUCGGGAUUCCAGACGAACAAAAGCAAAAACUGUUCCUUCCCUUUUCACAAAUAGAGUCGAGCUCUGCGCGGAGCUACGGUGGCACGGGCCUUGGGCUCAGCAUCUGUAAAGCUCUGAUAGAAAAUGUCAUGCAUGGGACGGUUCGCCUCGAGAGCCAGCCGGGCAAGGGCACGACGGUGACUUUCUCGCUACGGUUCAAAAAGGUGCCCAAGACGCAGGCGGGCAAUCAGCAGCAGAGGAGCAGAGAGCCGGACCCCAUGGCGCGGUUCUCUAGUCAGGAGAACAAUGGUCAUGAGCACGCAUCGGGGGCUUGCAUUGAUCUGUCGACCAUCCUGCGGCGGGACCUGCGAGUGUGCAUUGCCGAAGACAACCUGAUCAACCAGCGCAUCGCCAUCAGCUUUGUGCAGAAGCUGGGGUUCAAGUGCGAUGCCUAUCUCGACGGGUUCAAGACGAUUGAUGCUCUGGAGCGUGCAUCGGAGAACGGGCGGCCGUUCCAUCUUGUGCUGAUGGAUGUGCAAAUGCCACAUUGUGACGGUUACGAAGCGACGAGGCUUAUCCGGAAGCACCCCAAUCCGGAGAUAAGAAAUGUGCUCAUUAUCGCCAUGACGGCGUCGGCGAUUCAGGGCGACCGUGAAAAGUGCAUUGAAAGCGGCAUGAACAACUACCUGGCCAAACCGGUGCGGGCGCAGACACUCAAGGCGCUGCUCGAGUCGUAUCUCAACAAGAGCAAUGAGGCUCAAGAGAUCCCGAACCUGGCCAUCGAGGCAAAGAAGAUGGUCAAGGAGGCGCUGAGCGAGGCUGAGACGCUUCCCAAGGUCACGGGGGGCAGUGAGGAGGGGAGGAGGAAUAAGGAUGCGGGGGCAGAAAAUGGCGCGGCUGAGGCAAAGAAGACGGGCCGGCCGCCGAGCAUGCGCAUGUCGACGACUCAGCACAUUUUGCCGAAUGGGAAGACGGAGGCUGUGCCGCCUUGGAGCUAGAAGAGACUGUUUGCAUCUGGGGGGGGGAUGGUAGGUGGGAGUAGGGUGGUGGAUGGUGUUGUCUUGUUGACAGGUAGUUUUCUAGGCUGGUGGUGGUACGGUGGGUGCAUUGCCAGGCGUUUUGUGCACAGACAAGGGCGUUUUGAGUACAGGAUGCAUUUCUACUUGGCC